UUGUUUUCGUCAUAAUCUUCCAAGAAUGUCUUUCGCCUUGUUGAAGCUACAAGAAACCAGUAGGCCCCCGACUUAUAAGGAACUGUAUGAUGCUUUAACACCAUAUCAUCAUCGGCUGGAAGGGGAAAGUUUCUAUACGAUCCCUGUACCAACCGUCCGCGGUAAUUACUCUGUAUCGAGGCAGUUGCUGUUACCGAGCAGAUUGUUGCGCCCCGAUGCUAUUGAAUCUUUUAAGCUUGGCAAGAAUAUGUUGUGGGAUGGGCCCUCUGACGAGGAGGAAACUUGCAUUUCACGAUCAACAUACGAACCACCUUCUCCUGAUUACUGUCCUUCUCCUUCUUUUAACUGGCCUAAUUCUCCUCCUUCUCCUGAUUACUUUCCUUCUUCUCCUCCUAAUUCUCCUCAUGUUUAG